AUGGAGUUUUCUCUUUCAUAUCUCACAUCUUCUUCUCCAUCUAUCAUCUUUGCCUUUUUACUAUUUCUCUUCUCUCUCUUAUGCAUAUCUAAAUAUUACCAAACUAACAUAGCCAAGAAGAGAGCACCUCCGGAAGCACCCGGGGCAUGGCCCCUAAUCGGACACCUUCCCUAUCUAGGAGGGCCUCGGCCUCCCCACAUAAGCUUGGGCAACAUGGCCGACAAGUACGGACCAAUCUUCACAAUCAAGCUAGGCGUGCACCGAGCUCUUGUUGUAAGCAACUGGGAAAUAGCCAAAGAGUUCUUCACCACCAAUGACAAAAACUUUGCCACCCGCCCUAAAUUUUUGGCUGCAGAGAUCAUGGGCUAUGACUAUGCCAUGUUUGGUUUUAGUCCCUACGGCCCUUAUUGGCGGCAAAUGCGCAAGAUAGCAACCGUGGAGCUCCUCUCAAACCACCGGUUGGAGUUGCUCAAGCCCGUGCGUGAAUAUGAGGUUCAAGCUUGUACAAAACAUAUAUAUGAUUUGUGGGAGGAAAACAAAGGUAGGUCAGAGAAAGUGUUGGUGGAGAUGAAUAGGUGGUUUGGAGACGUGACUUUGAACGUCAUGUUCAGGAUGGUUGUGGGGAAACGAUUUCUUGGGGCAAAAACAAAGCAAGAGGAGGAAGAGAACGAGAGGUGUCGAAAGGGGUUGAGGGAUUUUUUCAAAUUGGGGGGUGAGUUUGUGAUCUCGGAUGCACUUCCGUUUCUUAGGUGGCUAGAUUUGGGUGGGUUUGAGAAGGCCAUGAAGAAGACGUCUAAAGAUCUUGACGUUGCCCUUCAAGGAUGGUUGGAAGAGCAUAAGCAAAAAAGAAGUAACUAUGGGAAUGCAAGGGCUGAGCAUGACUUCAUGGACAUGAUGCUUUCUGUUUUCGAUGAGAUAAAUGCAGAGGUUCCAGCUUCUACUAGUACAUCUGCUGAUACAAUCAACAAAGCUACUUGUCUGGCUCUAAUUUUAGGAGGAACAGACACCACAACAGUGACAUUAACAUGGGCUCUUUCUUUACUAUUGAACAACCGUGAAGCCUUAAGGAAGGCUCAACAUGAAUUAGACAUGCAAGUUGGUCGGGAAAGGCAAGUGAAGGAAACAGAUGUAAAAAACCUAGUUUAUCUCCAAGCCAUUGUCAAAGAGACCAUGCGACUAUAUCCAGCUGCACCACUUUCUGUUCCACAUGAAUGCAUGGAAGAUUGCACUGUGGCAAGCUAUCAUGUAAAGGCCGGGACGCGCCUUCUAGUCAAUCUUUCCAAGAUUCAGCGAGAUCCAAAUGUCUGGGUCGACCCUGACCAAUUCCAACCAGAAAGAUUUCUUACAACUCACAAGGAUUUUGAUGUUCGAGGCCAGAAUUUUGAGUUCAUGCCAUUUGGAAGUGGUAGGAGAAUAUGCCCCGGAAUUUCUCUGGCUCUUCAAGUUGUACAACUUACGCUGGCUCAUUUGUUACAUGGGUUUGAAAUUGCAACUCCAUCAGGUUCAGAUGAACUAAUCGAUAUGGGUGAAACGCUUGGGAUAACCAACAUGAAGGCCACCCCAGUUGAGGUUCUUCUCACCCCACGCCUUCGUGCUCAUCUUUAUGAAUGUGUUGAUUAGAGAUGAUAGAGGAAAUAUAUUGUAGGUUGGUUUUGUAAUUUCCUAAAGAAUAUUGGUUAUUUCUUGCUUCGAUAUUUCUUUAUCAGUAAUGCU